UCUCUUUUUUUUUUGGCCGGGUCGGGUAUUGUCAUGCAAAUAAAGGACGCGUCAAAACCUCCGAGCGGCGCGCAGGCAGCAGCCAGGCCCGCUCAGCGCGCAGGAGAGGCGGACACACGCCGGGGAGCACUCGCUGCUGGAUUUUAACUUUUUUUUUUUUUUUUUUUUUUUUUUUUUUUUUCCUCCAUUCCCCCUUCCUUCCCCUCUCCUCUCCUUCCCCAAACACCUUGACGUCUCGCGGUGUCGUCCGACCACGUGACCCCCAGGACUCGGGUCGCCUUUUUCGGUGGAAGGGGUGGAGGACUUUUACGGAGGAAGCGUGGAGCUCGCCCGGGUCCCCGCAGGCAGGGUGUGCGUCCUCCCGGCUGCCGCAGCCAUGAGCCAGGCGGAGGUGUCGGCGUGCUCGGCCCCGCAGAGGGUGUUCCAGGAGGCGGUGAGGAAGGGCAACACCAAGGAGCUGCACUCGCUGCUGCAGAACAUGACCAACUGCGAGUUCAACGUCAACUCCUUCGGGCCGGAGGGCCAGACGGCGCUGCACCAGUCCGUCAUCGACGGCAACCUGGAGCUCGUCAAGCUGCUGGUCAAGUUCGGCGCCGACAUCCGGCUCGCCAACCGGGAGGGCUGGAGCGCCCUGCACAUCGCCGCCUUCGGGGGCCACCAGGACAUCGUGCUGUACCUCGUCACCAAGGCCAAGUACUCGUCGGCGGCGCGGUGAUGCGCGCUCACCCGCAGGUAAAAGCAAGAACCUGCCGAGAGAAAAAAAACAACAACAAACAAACAAAAACAACAAAAAAACGCCGCUCUUUGCUUUUUGCUGGUACUAAAAGCUUUUUCUCGGGCGGGCGGCUCCGAAUGUGCAAAGUGACACGCGGGCUGCUUUUUUUUUUUUUUUUUUUUUUUUUUCCUGUCACGAAUCCACUUUGGACGUGGGAAUUUAUCAACACGGCGACUUUUCCGGGUUCCUGACUUACACUGACGUCGUCACGCGAACUGAAGGUUGGCUUGGAAAGAGUCCCACGGAGCACUUGAUGCUGGAGUAUUUGAAAGGGAAAAGUGAACACGCACACACAAACACUUACACACACACACACACUCGCCAUAGCUUUAUUUCUGUCGCUGUUUGAAAGAUGCUCAACUAAACGUUCAGAAAGAAACUUGUUUUUAAACAUCAAACAUGCUAAAAAAAAAAAAUGUUUUUUUUUGUAAACAUGUUCAAAAAGAAACAUGUUUCUAACAUGUUUUUUAAAGAUUCAAAAAAACAGUUGGAAAAAGAAAACGUCUUUCUUUUCAAACGUGUUCAAAAAAGAAAACCUGCUCAAAAGGAAUGUUUUUGUUAAAGAAAAAAAAAAAGACACCUGUUUCUUUUUUUUAACAUGUUUUUUUUAAAAAACUGUGGGAAAAGGAUAUUAUUUUCAAACGUGUUCAAAGAAAGAAACCUGCUCAAAAAGAGUGUUUUCAAAAAGGAAACGUGUUUCUUUGUAAACAUGUUUUAAAAAAAAGAAACAUGUUUCUGUUUUUAAACAUGUUUAAAACGACUGUUAGAAGGAAACAUCUUUCUUUUCAAACGUGUUGAACAAAAAGGAAACCCGCUCAAAAGGAGUGUUUUCAAAAAUGACGCGGUUCUUUUUAAACAUGUUCAAAAAAUGACAUGUUUCUUUGUAAACAUGGUCAAAAAGAACAUGUUUUUGAAAAAAAAACUGGUGAAAAAAGGAAACAUCUUUCUUUUCGAACAUGCUCAAAAAAAGAAAACCUGCUCAAAAGCAACGUUUUAAAAAGACACUUGUUUCCUUCUAAACAUGCUCAAACAAACAAAAAAAGUAACAUGCUAAAAAGAAACAUGAUUAAAAACAAGCAUGCUUUUUUAAACCUGUUCAAAAAGAAACCUGUUCAAAAACAGGCAUGUUUCUUUUUUAACCUGUUCACAAAAAUCAAAAGUGUUCAAAAAGAUACAUGUUUUUAUGAAAACGUUUCAAAAAAACUUUUGAAAAAAGAACAUCUUUCUUUUCAAAUGUGUUAAAAAAAUAGAAAACCUGCUCAAAAGCAGCGUAUUCAAAAGGACACUUGUUUUCCUUUAAAACAUGCUCAAUCAUAAACAAAAAAAGAAACAAGCUAAAAAAGAAACCUGAUUCAAAAACAAGCUUGCUUUUUUAAACCUAUUCAAAAAACAAAGGCAUUCAAAAAGAAACAUGUUUCUUUUUUUAAACGUUUUAAAAGAACAAGUUAAAAAAGGAACAUUUCUUUACAAACAUGUUAAAAAAAAGUCUGUUCAAAAAAGAAACUUUUUCAAAAGGAACCUUUUUAUUAAGACAAUUUUUUCCUUUUAAACAUGCUCAGACAUAAACAAAAAAGAAAACAUGAUUAAAAAACAAGCAUCCUUUUUUAAAAAACAUGUUCAAAAAGAAACCUCAUCAAAAAAACGGUGUUCAAAAACAUUUUUAAAAACUGUUCAAAAAGGAACAUAUUUCUUUUUAAACAGGUUAAAAAAAACAUGCUAAAAAUAAAGGUGUUCAAAAAGACAGUUGUAUCUUUUUAAAUGUGCUCAAACAUAAAAAUGUUAAAAAAAGAAACAUGAUUCUUUUUUUUUAGAUGUUAUUUUUUCAACAUGUUUAAAUCUGUUAAGAAAAAUGUGUUCGAAAAAAGAAACCGGUUCAAAAAACAAAGAUGUUCAAAAAGAAACUUGUUUCCUUUCAAACACGCUCAAAAAGAAGUAUUUUCCUCUUUUUAAGCAUGUUUCAAAAACUGUUAAAAAAUGAACAUCUUUCUUUUCAAACAUGUUCAAAAAACCUGCUCAAAAGGAACAUUUUCAAAAAGACACUUGUUAUCUUUAAAACGUGCUCAAACGUAAACAUGUCAAAAGUAAAACAUGAUUACAAAAACGAGCAUAGUUUUUAAAGAACAUGUUCGAAAAGAAAGUUGUUCACAAAGCAACAUGUUUCUUUUUCAACAUGUUAAAGAAACUUUUCAAAAAGAAACAUUGUCAAAAAGACAUGUGUUUCUUUUUAAAUAUAAUCAAAACUAAACGUGUAAAAAAAGAAACGUGCUCUGUUUAAAAAGAAACCUGUUCAAAAAAGAAAAGUGUUCAAAAACAGGCAAGGUUCUUUUUAAACCAGUUCAAAAAAAGAAAGGAGAUCAGAAAAGAAACAUGUUUUAAAUGAAACUUGUUCAAAAUAGAACAUGUUCAAAAAGAUGCAUUUUUGUUUUUUUAACCUGUUCGUAAAAAGAAAGUAGUUUAAAAAAGACAGGUGUUGAAGAGGAGGCAUGUUUCUUUUUAAACCUGUUCAAGAAACAAAGGUGUGGAAAAAGAAACAUGUUUAAUAAAAGAAAAAUGUUUUUAAAAAAUGUACCUGUUCGAAAAAGGUGUUCUAAAUGAAACCUGUUCGAAAUAGAAUAUGUUCAAAUAGUGGCAUGUUUCUUUUUAAACCUGUUCAAGAAAAGAAACCGGUUCAAAAAAGAAGGGUGUUGUAGAACGGGCAUGUUUCUUUUUAAACCUGUUCAAGAAAGAAAGAUGUUGAAAAAGAAACACUUUUAAAAAAAAACAUAGUAAAAAAUGUACCUGUUUGAAAAAGGUGUUCUAAAUGAAACCUGUUCGAAAUAGAACAUGUUCAAAAAGAGGCAUGUUUCUUUUUAAAUAUGUUCAAGAAAGAAAGGUGUUGAAAAAAAAACAUAGUAACAAAAUGUACCCGUUCGAAAAAGGUGUUCUCAAUGAAACCUGUUCAAAAGAGGCAUGUUUCCUUUUAAACCUGUUCAAGAAAGAAAGGUGUUGAAGAAGAAACACGUUUUUAAAAAAGAAACGUCUUUAAAAAAUGUACCCGUUCGAAAAAGGUGUUCUAAAUUAAGCCUGCUCAAAAUAGAACACGUUCAGAAAGAGGCAUGUUUCUUUUUAAACCUGUUCAAAAAAAGAGGGUGUUGAAGAGGAGACAUGUUUCUUUUUCAAUCUGUUCAAAAAAGAAAGGUGUUAAAAAGGAAACAUGUUUAAAAAAAGAAACAUGUUUAAAAAAUGGACCCAUUCGAAAAAGGUAUUUUAAAUGAAACCUGUUCAAAAUAGAACAUGUUCACAAAGAGGCACGUUUCUUUUUAAACCUGUUCAAGAAAAGAAACCUGUUCAAAAAAGGAAAGGUGUUGAAAAAGGGCGUGCAGAGGAGGCGUGUCUCUGUGGAAAGGUGUUUUUGGAGGCAGGUGCCAACAUGUCAGCAUGGAGCCAAAAUGGCGCCUGCUGGUGGUAUUUAUGAAGGUACAUUAGAAAAAAAGAAGAAAGGUUUCAAAGCAGAAGUGUCGUGUUCCCACUUGCCUUUUUUGUCAGCUACCUCGACUUUGUCAAGUAUUCUCAUGCCAGGAACUGUUUGUACGUCUUCAAAGCACCUGCGUCCUCAGCUGGAACACACUACAACCAAACCGGCGUGGAUAUAUAAAUAUCUAUAAAUAUAUAUAUAGAUAUCGCUGUCAUCGUCAUCAGUAUCAUGGUCGUUGGGGAGGGAAGACAACAACAACAAAAAUGGCUUCUUAAAUGCAGGGAGUUUUGAAUUGCACAAAGAAGUGGAGUUGAGCGCCUCUAGUGUCUGUACGGGGUAACUACAGUACUACUGACUUUUUGAGCACGUUAGAAAUCACCCCGACAUUGAUUGAUGCUGCUUGUAUUUAUUGUGACGUCACAAUAAGCAGAAGUGGUUUGGCAACACAAACAAUAUGCAUCGCAAACUUGACCUUUUGUUGUUUUCUGUCUUUUGCUUUGAAAUAUUGCACUGACGACUUGUUGUUGUUGUUGUUUAGCUUUUCUUUUCUUUUUUUCUUUUUUUAAA